AUGCGCCUAAUCAGAAGCGCAACUAUCCGAUUGGAGGAAUUCAUGGAUCAUGAAAUCCCGAAAUAUGCCAUCUUGUCCCAUACCUGGGGUGCAGAUGAGGUCACUUUUCAAGACAUGAAAUGGCUGGAAGCUAAUGAAGAGAACAACCUGUCACAAAAGGGAUAUGACAAAAUCCAGCAUUCUUGUCAACGAGCUCUCCAGGAUGGUAUCGAAUAUGCGUGGGUGGACACAUGCUGUAUCGAUAAAACAAGCAGCGCAGAGCUCUCUGAAGCCAUCAACUCCAUGAUGAAAUGGUAUGAGCAUGCCGAGAUUUGUUAUGCCUACCUGUCAGAUGUACCCCAACGGCCAUUUGAGGAUAGUCGAUGGUUUACCCGUGGAUGGACUUUGCAAGAACUUCUUGCACCAGCCAGGCUUGUUUUUCUAGCCCAUGAUUGGUCUGACCUAUCUUCUCGGGAAAAGGUAUGCAACCAUCUGAGUGAGAUCACUGGUAUCAGUGUGUCAUUUCUAGAGCAGAGACCGGAUAAUGUUAGUCUCAGGACUCGUUUGAACUCGGCUAGUAUUGCCGAAAGAAUGAAUUGGGCAUCAAAACGCGAAACCAGUCGGCAGGAAGACCGGGCAUACUCUCUACUUGGGUUAUUCGGAAUUAACAUGCCACUCCUCUAUGGCGAAGGGAUGGGUGCAUUUUUACGCUUACAGGAAGAAAUCAUCAAGCGUUCAGAUGACCAAUCUUUAUUCGCAUGGACAGAAGAAAAUGUCAAUUUAGGCCAUUACUGUGUCUCUAAAAUUGAGUCCAAAAGUGGGCCUGAAACCGGGCCUGAAAAUGGCUCUGAACAUCAGGCCCUAUCACAGCCAAAAUUUUCCUCUUUCGACACAUUCAAGCCGUCAAAUCCCCAGGACUUACUCACAUGUGGAUUCCUUGCUGAAUCCCCAGCGGCAUUCUUACAUUGCGGUAAUUACAUUCCAUGCAGCGUGGGAGGUCAAACACCUCCCUUUUCCAUCACCAAUAAGGGCCUCAGCAUGCAAGUCCCACUCUUAUCAUGCAAAGAUCAUUCAUUUGUUCUCAUUCCAUGUCAAACCAAGAAAGAUUCUACUAUUCUUCUCACAAUCCCAUUGAAAUAG